CGUUACAAUUAUGUUUAUUUACGGAAAUGACCAUCAACAAUGAGGCAGGAUCACAACUAAGACGGAGAAAAGAUGUAGAACAAUGUUACAAUGGCUACGUUGAACAAACGAAAAUACAGAACACGAUCGUCUAAGAAACACUGUGAGGAAAAGUUCUGUUGCCUGACAGAAGGUGCCGUUGCUUUCUACUUUUGCAUCCAGUGUAAGACAAAUCAGUGUCAAAAUUGUGAGUCUGAAAUACAUAAAUCGAAACUUAAGUUUGAUUUUCAUGAUCGACAGUCCAUAGAUUCUCCCCCAUAUGAGGAUUUGUGUCAGAUUGCAUCGUUAUUAAACAACCUUGAAUGCGAAGACAGUAAUUUUGCAGAUUUGCACUGUGACAACUGUGAGCGCAAUUUCUGCAGGUACUGUUUUGACGUGUAUCAUAAUAAAGACAGUCGCAAAACACAUCGGAAGUAUUCAGUCAAGGAGUAUCGACAAAGGCAGGCAGAAGCAGCUGCCAUCAAGGCUUGUUCCCUAAAGCCAUUGUCGCCUGUUUCCCAGUUCGACGAUUCCCUGACAUUUCUGUCUUGCCCUCAAAUCUCUGACAGUUUAGAAGACAGUGGAAUGAUGUAUAAUAGCGUUCAUUCAGACAUCAGUCAAAACAGCAUACCUGAUCUGCUGACUGACUCCAACAAACAGGACAUGCAUUCAUUAACAAAGGCACUGGAAGAGAGUCAGAUUGAUGAGCAGUAUGCUGACUGUGACAGCUUUCUACUUGUUGAUGAACAAGAAACUUUGCAGGUGAUAGACAAUGAAGACUUUACCAACAAACUUAAAUGUGAUAAAGAUUCACUUGUGAAAGUGGUGUCCAUAUUUGGUAAUACAGGUGAUGGGAAGUCUCACACUUUAAAUCAUACGUUCUUCGGAGGCAAAGAAGUCUUCAAGACCUCCGCUCACCAGGCAUCUUGUACUGUCGGUGUUUGGGCCUCAUAUGAUCAGGAAAACUCGGCAAUAGUUGUAGACACAGAAGGACUCCUCGGUGUGACAACCAAUCAGAAUCAGCGAACAAGGCUCUUACUGAAGUUGUUGGCUGUGUCAGAUGUUGUUAUUUACAGAACAAGAGCUGAAAGACUUCACAACGAUAUGUUCUUUUUCCUUGGUGAUGCAUCGAAAGCCUAUUCCAAGCAUUUCACUGAGGAACUGAGGGCAGUAUCAAAGAGGAACAAGAUGUCAUUAGACAUUGUGAAUAUGAGUCCUUCUGUGGUUAUCUUCCAUGAGACACAAAACACAAACGUAUUAGGAAAAGCAGGUGAAGGUGCAGAGACGACCCUACGGGAGAGAUUCAAAGAGUUAGAGUGCACAAUGAACUUCAGUGAUCUCAAGUAUGUUGGGACCAAAACUGCACGGGACCAGUUGACUGAUUUCUCAAAACUGCGCAGAGCUGUUCAGGAGCAGCUCCACAACAACACCAUACGAGCGCCAAGGAAACCAGAAAUUGUGUUCAAGACAUUCCAGGUUUUGAAUGACAAGUUCAGUGGAGAGAUAGAGAAGCAUGUGUAUGAGACAUUUCCUGACCAGUACUUCACGUGUGGUGCCAAGUGCCAGUCCUGCGGAGCGCGUUGUGUGCGCAGUAUGAACCACAAUCUCGCAGAAGAGGACCAUAUAACGGACAAAGGAACCAAGUGCAAGUACCAGCACCAGUUCGAGAACAAGGUGUACUACUGCAGGAAAUGCUACCGGGACGGAAAACCAGUGAGGGUUGUUCCAAAGACAUCCUCAUCAAAGGACAGUGCAUGGGUUGGUGUGGCAAAAUAUGUAUGGGCAGGUGAUAUUCUCGAGUGUCGUAACUGUGGGAUCAUCUAUCGGAGCCGUCAGUUCUGGUAUGGAAACCCAGAAGUUGAAUCUGUCAUACAUGAGGAGGUGGCACAUGUAUGGCCAGAGGGAGAGAAGUUCCAUAUUGGUACACACAAUGCAGCGUGGAAGGUGAUAGACGGGCUCAGUUAUGUGGCUGGUAGCAUCGGUAGUGUCAGCGCCGUACCCACCAAGGUUGUCAGUGACUGGGUGGCUGACCAGAUCGCGCCCUCGUACUGGGUCCCUAACUCCAAAAUAAAGAAAUGCUACAAAUGUGAGGCAAGGCUGUUGGACGAGCAAAAGCACCACUGUCGUUCCUGUGGCCAGGGAUUUUGCGACAUGUGUUCCUCAAAGAAAAGGCCGGUCCCAGAUCGAGGUUGGACAAUGCCAGUCCGCGUGUGUGACAGCUGCUUCCAUGUCAACAUGACGGAUUCCAACUCGAGCACUGGCAGUGAUACUCAGGUUACAGCAAGGAAGGUGGGGGAAUCACUGACCUCUGCUAUCGACAUUGUCUCUACAGCUAUCAGCUACCCCUUAGGUAUGUUGAAAGAUUCUGCCCGGCCUGCAUAUUGGGUGCCAGAUGACCAGAUAACGAAAUGCUGUGUGUGUGCCGAGACGUUCUCACUGAAGCUGCCCAUCCACCACUGUCGGGCGUGUGGGCAGGGAGUGUGCUCCGGGUGCUCUCCGAGUCAGCGACCCGUACCACUCCGGGGCUGGGACUAUCCAGUGCGGGUCUGUAAGAACUGUGAGAAGAAAAAGGAUAAGAUAUGAAAUAUGGUUUUUAUAGUUUAAGAUUAAGAUAUGAAAUAUGGUUUUUAUAGUUUAAGAUUAAUAAAUGGAUGUUUGUUUUUGUCUUGCAGUUUGCAUUUAUUUAUUGGUUUCCCAAAAAAAAUUGCAAUGCAUGAGAAAAGAUCAGCACUGGGAUGGGAUCUUUUUAGUUUGUACGAAGUAUUUGUUAAUAAAGUUUCGUUUCUUAUUGUGAAAGUGCACAGUCUAAAUAGACAAUGAAAGCUGUGAAUGUUAAUUGUUUACUUGUUACAAUAAUGUGAUAUGAACCUUGUUAGCACAGUUAUUUAAAGUGCACAUAUAUUGUUAAAUUACACUCAUGAAGAGAAAAAGUCUGAAUAUUGAUCUUUUACAUUUUAUUUUUCAACAUACUGUUUUUAUAAUGAUAAAAAGAAAAUAAAGAAUGACAUUACUAAGAAAGAAGAUAGUUAAAGAUGUAUUGUUAGUUUAACAAUUUUUGUUUUUAUGUAUUAAAAUUGACAUGUCACAAACUUUAGGUGCCUACAAUUUAAAAAUAUGACUUUCUCAACAAGUCGAUUCUUUCAAUUUUAAUAAUAUUACUUUGUGUAAUAGUAAUUUAGCUUUUUUUUAAAUAAAAAGUAUGCAUUUUCAGAACUCCAGAUAAGGUUUUGUGAAAUUCUUAAAUUACUACCAGAUUUUCAAAAAGAAUUCUUAACUCUGAAAUUUUAUUCUUAACGUUACUCCUAAGUUUUGGAAAAUAAUUAUUAUUUUCUAAAUGACCUAAUAAUAAAUAAAGAUGUUUUUUUUCAUGCAACAAAAAUCAAAAUAAACAUACUAGCAACUUUAUUUAUACGAGUUCAACAGACCUUUUUCAGUAUUAUACAAUUUUAUUUUUCCAAUACCUUCAUAUGCCCAAACUGUGCUAAGCAUGCUUUAGAUGAAUUUUUAAAUAUUUCACAUUUAAAACGGGUCUCCCCUUCAAUCUUUUCACCGAUUAGCCACGGGACUUGUCCCUUCUACUCGUUCAUUGUUGUUUUUUUGUGUUUAAGUUUGGACCCGUUGUGUCGCGUUUUUGUUUAGCUUUUCCGACUGUGUCGGCAACUGAACAUACAACAUCGUAUAAGAUCUUUUCUAUAAUGUCUUUCUAAACAUUUAACUUCGGCUCACUUUGCGAACUCUAUGUUGAAAGCGUGUUUUUGGACGCUUUGCAGUUUUUUAGGACGCUCUCUGUGCGCCGCCAAUGUUUUUAACCAGGUUUUCCGAAGGAAAAAACUGGUUAUUAGAUUGGCGAAUGCGGGCAGGCUGGCUGGCUGGCUGGCGGGCUGGCGGGCGGGCGGAACAAGCUUGUCCGGGCCAUAACUAUGUCGUUCAUUGUCAGAUUUUAAAAUCAUUUGGCAGAUUUGUUCACCAUCAUUGGACGGUGUGUCGCGCGAAAUAAUUACGUCGAUAUCUCCAAGGUCAAGGUCACACUUUGAGUUCAAAGGUCAAAAAUGGCCAUAAAUGAGCUUGUCCGAGCCAUAACUAUGUCGUUCAUUGUCAGAUUUAAAAAUCAUUUGGCACAUUUGUUCACCAUCAUUGGACGGUGUGUCGCGCGAAAUAAUUACGUCGAUAUCUCCAAGGUCAAGGUCACACUUUGAGUUCAAAGGUCAAAAAUGGCCAUAAAUGUCCCUUGAGAUAUAACCUUCAUAUUUGGUAUGCAUGUGUAUAUGGACAAGGCCUUUCCAUACGCACAACAAUUUUGACCCCUGUGACCUUGACCUUGAAGUAGGGGUCUGCGUUUAGGUUUCAAAAUCUGCGUUUAGGUUUUGAAAAAUGCUCUUAACUUCUAUGUCCCUUGAGAUAUAACCUUCAUAUUUGGUAUGCAUGUGUAUAUGGACAACGCCUUUCCAUACGCACACAAAUUUUGACCGUCCGUCCGUCCGUCCGUGUGUCCGUCCGAAAACUUUAACGUUGCUCAUAACUUUUGCAAUAUUGAAGAUAGCAACUUGAUAUUUGCCAUGCAUGUGUAUCUUAUGAAGCUGCACAUUUUUAGUGGUGAAAGGUCAAGGUCAUCCUUCAUGGUCAAAGGUCAAAAAAAAAUAAUUCAUGUGCAUAUCUCCAAUGUCAAGGUCGCCACGACUAAAAAUAGAUUUAUUUUAAAACAAACUUACAAAGGGGGUUAAUUUUCUUUGUUCAUUUCAAAAGUUCAGUUUGAGUUGUCUCCCUUUAUCAGAUUUUUUUUCACAAUGAAAACCUGGUUUUGUGACAAUUUUGUCCCUUGUUUAACAGAUAGACUGUAUACGCCGCUUUUAUUUGAAAAAAUGCGCUUUGUUAAACAAACCCGUUAACCAUUCUAUAUAAGAACUCAAUAAAAAUCGAUACGAACCGAUGUAAAAAUAAUAUUCGUAACUUGAUUUUGUAAUUCUUAAUGGUACGACAAGAUUUUAAAAUAAAAACGUAACGGACUUGAAAAUAAUUCGUAAUUACAAAAAUACGACCCUUAUCUGGAGCUCUGAUUUUUAAAUGAAAUUGUAGACAAAAUGAAGAAUUUUAAAACAUACCUAUUGUUUUAGUUUUAAAAGGUGGUAUUGCUAUUGUUAUUUGAUUGUUUAACAAUGAGUCUUUAUGCUGCAAUGUAAAUGAAAGUUGCCAAACCCAUUGUUAAAAGAGUGUUAGGAGACUUGUUUAAUGCUUUGAAAUCUUGUUAGUGUGUUACUAUCUCCUACAGAGUUAGUUGCUUUUUUAGUGACACACUAGUUUGUAUUUGAAAGUCCUUUUUAUUGAAGCCUUUUUAAAGCUUGUUAUUUCUUUUGCAAUUUGGUAAUGAAGACAUUAUUUUGAUAAAACUUUCUCUGCUUUAUAGCAGUUCCCCCUGAUUACCCAUUAGGCAGAGUAGGCAACUGCCUAUGGGCCCAGGGUUCGACACUAAGGCACGUCCGACAGACAUUGUCUAGUAAUAUCGGUGGUCGGGCUAGUAAAACUGCGGGCUAGCUUGUCCGACUGGUCAUACAUAAAUUAAAAAAAAAUCUAUACUGAUUCAUAUAACUAUAAAUAACUGCUGUGAAAACCUUUACUUUUAAUGUGUAAAAUUACUCUAGUAUCCGUUAUUUACAUUAAAACAAAACUAGUAUAUUUAAAUAAACGCGGAGCAUUCACAUGAUUCAUCGCUAUUUUUAGACGCAAAGGAGAGCUUCCUGCAGAAAUUGCUUGUUUCAAUUGGUCAAGAUGUCCUGAAUAUUAAUGAUUUUCUGCAGUGUCGUAAAACUGAAGAGCAUGAUUUUACGACUUCUAUCGAAAAUCGGUAUCGUCAAUGUAAACAUUUUUGCGUAGCAGACAAGAUAAUGUAAUUUAAAGAAUGGCUUUGUUCAAGUUCGUAUUUUUGUCCAACAAAUCAGUUAAUAAAAAAGAAUCCGACGCUUAACUGACACGAAACGUAAAUAUGAAGAAACACGAAAACGUCAAUUUUAUCCUAGAUGGAAAAUCGAGUCAGUUCCCAUGGCUUGAAUUUGACGAAGAAAAGCAAAAAAAAGGGUUAUUUUAUUGUUUUACUCUAUGCAUAAAAAAAUCUGGUGUUCACUGAUUAUUUACUGAUAAAUCCUGAUUAAACAGUUACAUGACACAAUUGUGUUCAUUUGCUAUGUUAUUUAUGGUCUACUAGACAUCAGGUUCGGGCUAGUACAUUUUAAGAGGAGCUAGUCCGACGGUUUUGCUGUAAAAAAAAAUGUCGAACCCUGUGGGCCCCGCGACUUUUUAGGGGCCCCAUGAGACAGUGACAAAAUAUUUUGUUUUCUUACUAAGCCUUACCUAAUGACUUGACAAAGCCAAUUAUUUUAUAUUAAUUUUAUGUUCUGACUAAAGGCUUGACAUGUCUUACCAAGAGACAAUAAUUUAUCAUUUCCACAAUGGCAUUGUUUUUUGUGUGCUAGUUUUGGUUUUCGAGAUGUUCAUUAGAGGGCUCAAACUGUAGUAGAAUUCCACACAGUGCUCUUUCAUUCUGGGUCAUGUCCCUGAUGAAUGCGGUAUUAUAAUGACAUUUUAUAUCCAUAAAAGGACAUUUUCACAUUUUAUGUCUUGCCAGCCUAGGCACUGGAAUGCUUAUUUAAACGAGGCGAAUCGACUUGGCACUGGCGUUAAAGUAGGCACUAGGCCUAUGAGGGGCCUGGGUCCUAAAAGUUUCGCUUUUUAAGGGCCUCAACAGUGCUUAAUUCUGCAAUUCUUUAUAAAAUGUCAAACAUGGCAUAAAAACUUGAUUCUAAGUUACUUCAUAUACUUACGAUAAGAUUUUAGUUGAACAAUUUUUAAUCUGAUAAGUUUGUGAUAUACUGUUAUAAGCGGAAUUUUAGAAUCAAAUAAACAACCCAAUAAGCAGUUUGAAAUUUCUUGAUACAUGUAUUUGCUCAAUCUUGUUUGUACUGCAAAUUAUUAACUUUGCUACAAUGGUAGUAGUUUUGAUGGAAUGGAGGCAUUACGAAAAUAAACAAAAAUUGUAAUGGUAUGAAGCAAGGCCAGUGGGGAAAAUACGUUUUCAGAGUGUGAUUUUGUUAAAUAAAUUGUGUACAGUUAUAUUUGUUUUGUACUGAAAUGUUGGCAUUUAACAAGGCCAUGGUAGAUGCAUGCAGUUAUGUAUAUUUAAAUGUAUUAAUGUAAUGUGUUUUGAACUAUGUGAACUUUUUAAUAAUCUCCUUUAAAUGCUUAAUUAUGCAGAAUGCAUCGUGUAAACUUAUUUGGUUUUCAAAAGCAAAAUUUGUUUUCCCGAAACUUCCCCUAAUGAACGAUGCUGGUAGACAAGUGCCAUAAACAAUUGAGCUCUGGGAAAAACUGGGUUGUAUGCAUGUGAGUAAAGCAUUGUCUCAGGUAAGCCUGUGCUAAGGUAGCCCAUGCAGAAGCCUGUGCUAAGGUAGCCCACGCAGAAGCCUGUGCUAAGGUAGCCCACGCAGAAGCCUGUGCUAAGGUAGCCCACGCAGAAGCCUGUGCUAAGGUAGCCCACGCAGAAGCCUGUGCUAAGGUAGCCCAUGCAGAAGCCUGUGCUAAGGUAGCCCACGCAGAAGCCUGUGCUAAGGUAGCCCACGCAGAAGCCUGUGCUAAGGUAGCCCACGCAGAAGCCUGUGCUAAGGUAGCCCAUGCAGAAGCCUGUGCUAAGGUAGCCCACGCAGAAGCCUGUGCUAAGGUAGCCCAUGCAGAAGCCUGUGCUAAGGUAGCCCACGCAGAAGCCUGUGCUAAGGUAGCCCAUGCAGAAGCCUGUGCUAAGGUAGCCCACGCAGAAGCCUGUGCUAAGGUAGCCCACGCAGAAGCCUGUGCUAAGGUAGCCCACGCAGAAGCCUGUGCUAAGGUAGCCCACGCAGAAGCCUGUGCUAAGGUAGCCCACGCAGAAGCCUGUGCUAAGGUAGCCCACGCAGAAGCCUGUGCUAAGGUAGCCCAUGCAGAAGCCUGUGCUAAGGUAGCCCACGCAGGCUUAUCAGGAACAACACUUUCUGCUCUUAUGCAAUGUUUGGUUUAGAAGAGGUCUGAUGGAAACAAAAAUCUAGGUACAGGCUAAUCAUAGACAACACUUAACAAUUAUUAACCCUUUGCAUGCUGGGAAAUUUGUCGUCUGCUCAAAUGUCGUCUGCUGAAUUUCUAAAAUUAGCAUUUUCUUCGAAUUUUUUUCAAAGAAUACUAUCAGAAUAGCAAACAGUUUGGAUCCUGAUGAGACGCCACGUUCUGUGGCGUCUCAUCUGGAUCCAAACUGUUGCAAAGGCCUUUAAAAUUCGGUUCCCGCACUGAAAGGGUUAAGCAGAGUUUUCCCACAGCUUGCCUCAUUUCUUUUUAAAGAAUUUUGUUAAGUGUUUGUUCAUACCCGGCAGUAUCUAAUUUAAGUAUGUGGAAAUAUACAAAAUGUUAUGAGACAUAACAUGUGAUUAAAGUGCAAUAAUAACACUUAAGUUCAUUUUACCAUUUGAUUGUUUUUUCUUUUACCUGUUAGUCAUCAAUUUUGUUGUUAUUAUAAUGUUGUGCUGUUUUUUGUUGUUUGAUUUGCAUGUUUUUCUUUUGUUUGAGAAAACCUCUUGAAUGUUUGUUUCUCAACUUUUUGCCUUUAUUGAUUUGUUUACAAAUGAUGUUACCAGCAAGUAGAAAUCAAAAUUGUUACAUGAUGCAGAAAAUGGAAAACAUAAUUAAGUUUUAUUGUCAAGAACUGCAGAUACGAUUCAAAAUCCUCUUUUGCAAUGUGUGUAUUGUCAGCUUUUAUUUUUAAUAUGGUGUAUAGGUCUAUUGUGCUCAUAAUUCUUCUUAAAUAUCCUCUGCCUAUUGGAAUCAACAAGUUGAAAUUUUAUUUCUCAAGUUGAAAGCAUGAUUUAAGCAUCACCUUUCGUUUCUUUCUAUCACAGUGUGUAACAUUAUAGUGAAAGUUUUGGUCAUGCUAGUUAGUGUACAUGUAAAUAUUACAUUGUAAUCCAGUUUAGAAACACUACAUGUAUUUAUUAUAGUGUCUUGUUCUUAAAAAUAUCAGGGGCAUCUCUAAUCUUCAUGUGACACUACUUUAAAAAUUAAGUUACAUAUUACUAUUUUAUAAUCUUCAUCUUUCUGUCAUAUUGGUGGAUGCACAUUAUUUAUUGACCUCAACCUAAAUUCUCCAUUAUAAGUCACUAUAUCAUAGAGCUUUUUAAAGAAACCUCGAAUUCCAUUCCAAUAUAUUUCCCUAUCAUAGACCAAGUACAAAUUUGUCUUUGUAGCAAUUGUUUGUAAUUAUUAGGAAAACAAUUGUUCUAUGUAGCAAUAACAAUUGUAUGUCCAAUUAUAUAGUGUAGUUUUCAUUGUAAUGGACAGAGUAAAUAUUUCCUUUGUUAUUGAAAUUUGAAAUGAAGUAAACAGGUUGCAGUGCUUGAAAGCAGUAUACAUACAUUGUAGAUAUAAAUGAUUAUGGGUACUGGUAAAUUUCCAAUUGUGUUUGUCCAUGUUUCAUGGCAUUGGAGUUUAGUUUUUCCUUUGCAGUCUUUUAAAGGGGAUACCGGUACAGUAAAAUCAUGUAAUUGUACAUAUCAAACUUUUUUAUUCCAGCAAAGUUUGCUGCGUUUUCUGAACAUUAAUGGAAAUGAACUAAAGAUUUUUCAUUAAAAAAUUGUAGGCCAUCAGAGCUAAAAAUAGAUUUAAAAAAAAAAGAAAAGAAAAUGAAAUCAUAUCUUAAUAAUAUUUUAAUAUUUGGUAACAAGAUUGUCCUCUUCUAAAGUUGCUCCAGUCAUGGCUCAAGGGUACAAAUUGGUCAAGCCCCAGGGUCACUUGUUUUAUAUAGAUUUAUAUAAGAAAAUGAUUUAAACCUCUUGUAACAUGACAAGGCCCAGAGGUGUAAUAUUUGGCAUAUAACAUCGUACAGUGGUCCUCUCGCAAGUUUGUUCAAAUCAUGUCCAUAGGUUUAAAAGUUCCCACUCCCUGGGGUUAUCUUGUUUUUGCAGGUGUGCUUCCUGCAUAUUGCACUGCAAAAUUUGUUGAAAUAAUGCAGUGGUCAAAACUGGUCCUGCCAGGGAGGUGGUGGUGGGUACUUAAAUGUUUCUCUCACGUGUAUAUAGUGACAACAAUUCAUAAACUCUAACAAUUUGUUUGCAUAAUAACUUGGCCAAGUUCAAAAAUGGUUUUGGAAACAUCAAACAAAUGCUGUAAACAGUUCAGUGUCUAAAAGUCUUAAGUAAGUGAUUACUUAAAGUUGUAGUGUAUUUGUUGUUUAAAUUUGAGUAAAUACUAAGGCUGUGGUAUGUGGUUUUGCCAAACAAUAACUUACAGUUUUAGCUUGAUUGUUUUUAUAAUUUCUUCCUUUGAUAAAUGAAAAUAAAAAUAUUAAAAUAUGAAA